AUAUCCGAUGUGGUAACUGGCCAAGAAUUCGCUAAUUUUAAGCAAGAAUAUUACAAAAGUAUGCAAGACCUGGAAAUGUUUCAGAAUAUUUUGAAAUCUCUUCGAUAUGAAAUGAACGAGAUCUCUCAAGAAAUAAAUGAUCGAGUUACUUAUACAGAAUUUCAAAAGACUAAAGGUUUAAUUCUCGGUAUUUCAGUUGAGACAAGCCUUUAGAAAACAAAGAAGACUAUACAAUGAAAAUAAAGAAUUUUUAUAAAUUUUGCAAGGAUUUUGUAAAGUGGGAAGAACUAUCCGUGUUUCAGAAAGAAGUAGAGGAAUACAAAAAUUCACAGGCAGAUAAUGCUAAAUAAGUUUGAGCUACAUGAUUCCUACAAGGAUUUAAAGGAAGAGAUCAUGCAAGAAUUUACCAAUUAUAGCUUAGCCUCGGACUGUGACAAGCAGAUCCUUAAUUUAGAGUUAAAAAUUCAGAAAUAGCAGCAUUAACUUUGAAGAAACACAAAAAGAUUACUCGAAAUGCCUAGCAACAAUUACUAAAAACCACACACUCAGCCUGGAACACACAGACAAAGAAAUCUCAAAAAUCCAGUCCAAUCUCCACACUUUAGAGGCAGAGCAUCUUAAGAAAAUAGAGUUCAUUAGGUUUAAGGAACAGAUACUCCCGAUGAUAGAUUCGGCCAAGGACGUAGCUGAAAACAGCAGAAUGAGAUGUGAAGCCACAGACAGGAUCAUCAGGAGGUUUGAUGAGAACAUAUGACAGAAAUCUUCUAAGCAUGAAAUGUUGAUCGUUAAAGAAGCUAUUGAAAAUAUUCAAGGGUUUAUUGAUGAUGUCAAAGAUGAAAUCAAUACACUUCAUGAUGAUACAGAGGAAAUUAAAUUAAAGAGAGAGAAGGAUAUCAAAAAUUUUAAUCGAGAUAUUGAUAAAAUACAUUCCUAUAUCUUGGAUGAACAGGAGAAAAAUCUUAAAAAAUCCGAAAGAAAAAUUUUCUCCAAGCUAGGAACUCACUUAAUUAGCCGUCCUGAGUUUGAAGCUAGGCUUGGCCUCAAAGUUGAUCAAUAUAAACAUGAGGAGAUAGGAGAAAGAAUUGAUAAAGAAUGAGUAAACCACACCGAUCUAGAGGAAUUUCACAAAAAGAUCAUCUCACUCUAUCCUCUUUAACGAAAUUCGAGCGAUGCAAAAGAACCUCACCAAACCCAGGCCAGGACUAACCUCAUCCUCCUUCUGUAUCCGAGCUCUAAAAUCCAGCCGCUCUAGCAGAUCCCUCAGAAAAUCCCUGAAAUCCCCUCUGAAAAUACUCGGGUCUGAACUAAAAAAAAACCUUCCUUCAAAACAAAAGAACCCUAAACGUCUGAUCAGCAUCCGUUCUCCUCUCGGCGAAGCCCCCAGAACCACUUCGAGACAUCUCCAUAAAGAAAGAAGUCCAGUAAAGAAGCAGAGUUCAUGCGUGAUCUCUGCAGAAGUCAACAAGAACUAAAUAUUUAAACUGUGGGCGGAUC